AUGGCGGAAGAGUUUGAGCGCUUCAAGCGCUUUGAGUACAGGCAGAACAGUAACCUGGUUUUGCAGAGAGACACUUCCACAGGGGUAGCGCCGGCAGUCAAUUUGGGCGAGCCUACAGGAGAGCCAGAGUCGCUGGCAGGUCGCAAGCUGUACCCGAUGGGCGACAAAGUUGAGAGGGGACUGAAGAAGGAAGAUCGACCGGCAAAAAGCGCGGAUCCCAAGCGCGCCAAACUGAAGAGAAAUAAACUGGAUCUCAAGCGCGGUGCGACAGUUCUGGACGCAGAUGUGACUGAGAUUUUCUUCUAUAAGCCGACGACUCAGCAGACGCGCCUGGUGUACGAACAGCUGCUCGUGACCCUCCAGCAGCAGCUUGGUGACCAGCCCGACGAAGUCUUGAAGGGCGCGGCAGAUGAAGUGCUAGCGGCUUUGAAGGUUGAUGGAUGCAAAGACAGUGAAAGAAAGAAGAACGUGGAGCAGGUUCUCGGGCCGCUGACCUCAGACCGAUACACCCGCCUCCAUCAACUCGCCAAAAACAUCACGGACUAUUCCCUCGGAGGCGAAGAAGAGGAUGGCGCUCAGGCAGGAGGGUUGGACGGGUCCACGGGGGUGGCUGUGGUCUUUGACGAAGAGGAGGAGGAAGACGGGGAUGGGAACGAGUUGAUGGAAGUCGAGGUUCUCGAGGGAGAGGAGGAGGACGACGAAGACGAAGAGGAGGCAGAAGACAAGGAGCGAACGUACUUGGCGGCGAAGAACGUCGACGACGACGAGUUCGAGGACCGUGACGCAUACGAGCUGGACAUCUCCAAGAUCGACCCUCACUGGCUCCAGCGCGAGUUGAACAACGUCUUCAAAGACCCGAACAAGGCGGUGGCGACGGAGAAGGAGAUUUUGUCGAUUCUCGCGACUCCCGACAUCCAGAAGUGUGAGAACCAGCUGGUCGUGAUUCUCAAGUACGAGAACUUUGAGCUCGCCAAGUUGAUUUUGAAGAACCGCUGGAAAGUGUUCUACGCAGUUCGUCUGGGACAGGCGCAGAGCAAGGAGGAGAAGAACGCGAUCUUUGAGGAAAUGAAGAACUCGCCCGAGGGCCAGGAAGUCCUCGAGCUCCUCGACUCGCUCUCGUCGCGCCGCAACAAGGAGAAGGAAAUCGCCAUCAACGUCCGGAAGGAAGCGGCGUCGCUGGCAGCGAAGGCGCAGGCGCGCGCGGCCUCGCUGCGCGCCGCGGAGUUCGCCGAGGAAGACGCCGGCGGCGGGGCGGGUUUGCAUGCGUCGUCCACGGCCGCCUUCGCAGGGAAGCCGGGAAAGGCCCUCGGCGCCGCGCUGUCGAAGGCCCGCGACUUGGACGAGGCGACGGGCGACCGCGACGGGCUCGAGGCUGCCGGGGCGCAUCCGCAUGCGAUGAAGGGCGCGGUCGCGAAGAAGCCGACCGCCGCCGUGGACUUGUCCUCGAUUGCCUUUCACCAGGGCGGGCACUUUAUGGCCAACACGCGCGUGAAGCUUCCAGACGGCGCGCAGCGCAUCGAGACGAAGAACUACGACGAGGUGGUUGUGCAGGCGUUCAAGAAGCCGCAGGAGGCGCCCGACGCGCGGCUGCCGAUCUCGGCGCUGCCUGACUGGGCCCAGAGCGCGUUCUCGUGCGUGAACAUUGAACAGCUGAAUCCGAUGCAGAGCAAAGUGUACAAGGUGGCCUUUGAGGAGUUCAACGAGAAUCUGCUCCUCUGCGCGCCGACGGGUGCCGGCAAGACGAACGUUGCGAUGCUCGCGAUCCUGAACGUGCUGGGUCGGCACCGCAACGCCAAGACUGGCCACAUCGACUUGUCCGGGUUCAAAGUGAUCUACAUCUCGCCAAUGAAGGCUCUGGUCGCGGAGCAAGUCCAGGCCUUCUCGCAGCGUCUGCAGCCGUACGGAGUCACAGUCCGCGAGUUGACUGGCGACGUGAACUUGACUCGCCAGCAGAUCGAGGAGACGCAAGUCAUCGUCACGACCCCGGAAAAGUGGGACAUCAUCACGCGGAAAGCUGGCGAGCGCGCCUACACGCAGCUCGUCCGCCUCGUCAUCAUCGACGAGAUCCACCUGCUCCACGACUCCCGGGGGCCCGUCUUGGAAGCCAUCAUCGCCAGAACGAUUCGCCAAAUCGAAACCGCCCAAGAACACAUCCGCCUCGUCGGGUUGAGUGCGACGCUGCCCAACUACGACGACGUCGCUGUGUGCUUGCGCGUAACGCCCGAAAAGGGUCUCUUCUUCUUCGGCAACCACUACCGCCCCGUGCCGCUGAAACAAACGUACAUUGGCGUCAAAGACAAAAAGGCCAUCAAACGCUACAACACCAUGAACGAGGUCACCUACGAAAAGCUCAUGGAGAACGCCGGCAAGUCGCAGGUGUUGAUUUUCGUGCACUCGCGCAAGGAGACAGUGAAGACUGCGCGUUUCAUUCGCGACAUGGCGCUGCAGAAGGACACACUCCCGCGAUUCCUCCAGCACAUGACGGCCAGUCGGGAGAUUCUGCAGUCCGAAGCGGAGGCGGUGAAGACGGGCGAUUUGAAAGAGUUGCUGCCGUACGGCUUCGCGGUCCACCACGCCGGGCUGCCGCGCACAGACCGGAAGCUGGUCGAGGACCUGUUCGCAGAUCGCCACAUUCAAGUGCUGAUUUCGACGGCCACGCUCGCGUGGGGUGUGAAUCUCCCCGCACACACAGUCAUCAUCAAAGGCACGCAGGUCUACUUGCCCGAGAAGGGCUCUUGGGCAGAGUUGAGUCCGAUGGAUGUGCUCCAGAUGAUGGGGCGCGCCGGGCGCCCGCAGUACGACACGAGCGGCCACGCGAUCCUCAUCACGCAACACAGCGAGCUCCAGUACUACCUCUCCCUCAACAACCAGCAACUCCCGAUCGAAAGCCAAAUGAUUUCCUGCCUCCCCGACAUGCUCAACGCCGAAGUCGUCCUCGGUUCGGUGCGGAGCCGCGAGGACGCGGUGAACUGGCUAGGGUACACGUACCUGUACGUGCGCAUGUUGAAGAACCCGACGUUGUACGGCAUCCCGCCGGAGGAAAUUGAGCGCGACAAGUUGCUGGAGCAGCACUGCGUGAAUCUGAUUGACAGCGCGUUGAAGAUUUUGGACAAGAAUUUCCUCAUCAAGUACGACCGGCGCAUGGGGGCCAUCCAGGUGACGGCGAUGGGGCGCGUCGCGAGUCACUACUACAUCAAGUAUCCGACGAUUGCGGUGUACAACCAGCACAUGAAGCCGACGCUGUCGGACAUUGAGCUCCUGCGUCUCUUUUCGCUCUCGUCCGAAUUCAAGUACAUGCCGGUCCGCGAAGAAGAAAAGGUGGAGCUCCAGCGGCUCAUGGAGCGCGUGCCGAUCCCUGUGAAGGGCUCUCCGGACGAAACGAGCUCGAAGGUGAACGUCCUCCUCCAGGCGUACAUCAGCAAACUGAAACUCGAGGGUCUCGCCAUGAUGGCCGACAUGGUGUACGUACAGCAGAGCGCGAACCGAAUCAUGCGCGCUAUCUUCGAAAUCUGCCUGCGACGUGGCUGGGCGAUGCUCGCCCUCCGGGCCCUCCAGUUCUGCAAAGAAAUCGACCGCCGCAUGUGGAGCAGCAUGACGCCGCUUCGACAGUUCAAGGUGUUGCCGGAAGAGCUGCUGCGGAAGAUCGAGAAGAAAGACUUGCCUUUCGAACGGUACUACGACCUGUCGUCGACGGAGAUCGGGGAGUUGGUGCGCGUGCCCAAGAUGGGCAAGCUUCUCCACCGGCUGAUUCACCAAUUUCCGAAACUCGAGCUGGCGGCCUUCGUGCAGCCGCUCACGCGCACCUGCCUAGUCGUCGAACUGACCAUCACGCCGGACUUCCAGUGGGACUCCAAGGUACACGGCAGCGGCGAGGUCUUUUGGGUGCUGGUCGAGGACGUCGACGGCGAACAGAUUCUCCACCAUGAGAUGUUUAUCAUGCCGCCGUUUACCGGCGAAGUGGAGCACACACUGUGCUUCACGUUGCCGAUUACCGAUCCUCUGCCUCCGAAUUAUUCCAUUCGCGUCGUCUCCGACCGCUGGCUGCACUCGCAGUCGUCGCUUCCAAUUUCCUUCAAGACGCUCAUUCUUCCCGAGAGAACUCCGCCGCACACAGAACUUCUGGAUCUCCAGCCUCUUCCCAUCUCGGCUCUCCGGGACGCGAAAAUGGAACAGGUCUAUGCAGGAAGUUUCAAGGCCUUCAAUCCCAUCCAGACUCAGGUCUUCUCCACGCUGUACGCGACGAACGAGAAUGUCCUUCUCUGUCUGCCGCCGACGAGCGGGAAGGAGAUUUGCCUCGAGUUUGCGAUCCUGCGCAUGCUCAAGACGGAACCUGCCAGUCAGUGGAAAGCCGUGUACAUCGCCCCUCACCCGCUGGUGGUGAAGGAGAGACUCGACGACUGGGUCACAAAGCUUGGCAGGGGUUUGGGCGUCAAACUGGCGGAACUCACAGGCGAAAUGCAACAGGACAUGAAGCUUCUGGAGCAGUCGCAACUGGUGCUGGCGACUCCGGAGAAGUGGGACUUCGUUUCUCGUCGGUGGAAGACGCGCAAAGUGUUGCAGUCGAUUCGGUUGCUCCUCGUCGACGACCUCCAUCUGCUGAACUCGCCCGUCGGGUCCACGCUGGAGAUUUGUCUCUCCCGAACGCGCUACAUCUCCGCGCAACUCCAGCGCCCGAUACGCAUCGUCGCCAUGGCCAACUCGCUCGCAAACGCCAAAGACGUCGGAGACUGGCUCGGCGUCAGCAGCAGUGGUCUGUUUAACUUCCACCCGAGUGUACGUACGGUGCCCCUGGAGAUUUCGCUGCACGGUUUCGACGUUUACCACCGAGAGGCGCGGCUGCUGGCGAUGAGCAAGGCAGUUUACCAAGCUGUCAAGUUGUACACUUCAAACCGCGAAGACGAACGCUCCGGCAGCCUCUCGUCUCGAAAGCUGAAGAACGUCAUCGUCUUCUGCUCAGACCGCCGACACUGCAGGCUCACUGCCAUCGACCUACUCCUGCAAGCUGCCGCCGACGACGAUCCCAAAAAAUUCCUCCAUGUCUCUGACGAAGUCAUGAGCAAAUACACCUCUGUGGUGCGCGACAAAAUGCUCAACGAGACGCUUUCUUACGGUGUCGGACUCCUCCACUCUGGGCUCUCCGCCGCCGAGCAGCAACUCGUGCAGCAGCUGCAUGCGGCAGGCGCUAUUCAAGUCGUCGUCGUCGCCGAAGAGUGCGCCUGGGGGCUGCAAAUGUACGCACAUCUCGUCGUCAUUGUCGACACCAAGAAAUUCACCGAGAACGGGUACGAGGACUACACCGUGGCGGACGUGCUGCAAAUGCUGGGCCACGCGACGCGCUCGUCGAUUGACAAGCACGGGUACGCGGUGCUCUUUUGUCCUUCCUCGAAACGCGAAUUCUACAAAAAGUUCAUCUUUGAGCCGCUGCCGGUGGAGUCGCAGCUGGAGCAGAACCUCGUGGACCACAUCAACGCAGAAGUCGUCUUGAAGACGAUCGAAAACAAGCAAGACGCAGUCGACUGGCUAACCUGGACGUUCCUCUAUCGCCGCCUCGCAAAGAACCCGAACUACUACGGCCUGCAGGGGGUCACGCACCAACACCUCAGCGAUUACCUCUCCGAACUGGUCGAGUCUGGCGUUCACACGCUCGAGCAGGCGCAGUGUGUGUCGGAGCAAAACGAUGUGGACCUUCAGCCGCUCAACUUGGGUCUCGUUGCAGCCUUCUACUACGUCAAAGUCGACACGAUUGAACUUUUCAACCGCUCGCUGACUCCCACAUGCAAACGACGCGCACUGCUCGAGAUCCUCGCGGCGUCCUCGGAGUUUUCGAGUCUCCCCCUGAGACCCGGCGAAGAGGGAACCUUGAAAGGCCUGGCGCAGCGCCUCGGCGUCCGCCUCCCUUCCAACUCAGAAGAUCUCAACAAGCCGAGCACAAAGGCCCUCAUUCUCCUCUAUGCGCACUUCAAUCGGACGCCGCUGCCGAGCGACUUGAUCGCCGACCAGAAGAUCCUGCUGGAACCCACGAUCCGGCUGCUGCAUGCGCUCGUUGACGUCAUUUCCUCCAACGGUUGGCUGGUCCCGGCGCUCUCAGCGAUGGAAAUCUGCCAGGCCGUCGUGCAGGCCAUGACCACGACGGCUCUCGGCGGCGGCAACGCGACGCAGUGCAGCCCACUCAAGCAACUGCCUCAUUUCACUGACGAGCUCGUCGAAAAGGCCAAAGAGAUGGGCGUCGACGACAUCUUCGACUUGAUGAACAUGGAAGAAAAAGACAGAGAGAAACUCCUCAAAUCUCUUACUCCCUCCCAGCUCAAGGAUGUGGCCAAGGCGAGCAACAGGUACCCGGUCAUUAACGUGGAGUACCAAGUCUCGAAGAAGGACGGCGUGUUGCCGAGCGAGAAUCUGCAGUGCACGGUCACGUUGGAGCGCGAUUGCGCGGAAGAGACAUCUAGUGCCGUGUUCGCCCCGUACUUCCCGCGCGAGAAGGAAGAGCAGUGGUGGCUGGUCAUUGGCCAGGCUUCGUCAAACUCGCUCGCAGCCAUCAAGCGCCUGUCGCUCAACAAGGCGACGACGACAGUCACGCUCUCCUUCGAGGCGCCGGAAACCGAUGGAAAGCACACUUACGUUCUCUACCUCAUGGGCGACUCGUACGUGGGCGGAGACCAAGAAUAUAAGUUCGACGUUCGCGUGCGGUCGUAA